CUUCCGUCACCGAAACCGCUACUUGUAAAGAUAUACGACUUUGAUGUUUAUCAUGUUUUGGCGGGAAGAUACAUAAACUCUUUAUUUGUUUGUUUUAGUUAACUAAUUUUAAUUUACGUGGAAAUGGAGAACCCUAGCUGCAAUGAAAGAUGGAAGAGAGCAGGAAUCGAAGAUAACAUGCUACUCACCAUGUUUGAUGCUUCUGAUACUAAUCAAGAUGCCGUCGAUGAACGGAUUGCUUUUCUGGAUGCUGUUCGUGCUUCUUCAAUUGGCCUUGAACGUGGAAAACCACCAACUUCAAAAAUAUUUGGGGCAAUCUUCCACAUGCUGAGGACUGGGAAAUCUUUACAGUUGAUUGUUGCAAGUUAUAAGCUUCUGGUUGAUUUAGAAAAGCAUUUCCCUCGUGCAUAUUUAUCCGGCGUAGAUGAUUCCCUAUCAUCAUCCAACUCUCCACGAAAAUUGGUUGUGGCUGAAGAGGCAUGGUCUCCCCUUAUUCUUUACUUGGAUAAUGCCACUGCUGUCAGUGAAACGGGUGACAAACAGUCCGGUGGACCUCUUGAUCCCUCUAGCUUUCAUGUCCUGAUUGGAGAGCUCGUUGAAAGUUUAACUGAGUCUGAAAUUCAAGCAGCAAGCGUGAAGAACUUGUUACUCUUUCAAUAUCUUGUCAUUGUGCUUGAAGGCGAUUUUAUACCUCGAAAUGCUACCAUGAACUGGAGCUUGCAGCGGGAGUCUUUGCUAAACGUGUUACUGGGGUCUAGGAAAACAAACUACAAAAGCUUGAUGAAAGAUUGCGUGGAAGUUAUCUGUGUACUAUGUCAACUUCUUCAAAAUGAUCUUAGUAAAAAGUUCGAGGUUGAAAAAAGUUCUGAAUCUCAGUCAUCCAAAAAUUGUCAUGCUGGAUUAUCUCUUGCUUUACUUGAAGUAUUAAAGAAUGCACGUGUCUCUAUGAAGAAACUUUUGGUGAUGAUUAUGGCCCUUGAUAUGUCUAGGAAGAAAGCAGACAUUGAAGGCCAUACAUCAAGAGCAGAUAGUCCAAGAACACCUUUGGUGGACAUAGUUCUGGAUGAACUGGCAUACAGCAAAGAUACUGUCCCACAUUUUCUUAAGAUCUUCAGCGAGCCUAAAUGGAAGCUGGAAAUAGUUGUGCAAUAUCUUUGGAAAUACAUAACUAAGCCUUCUGCUCGCACACGUCGAUCAAGUGGUUGUACCGAAGAUGCAACAUUUGAUGGUGCUUUGAAAUGUUUUUCGAAUAAAAAUGGCACUAAGAGCAUAAUAAAGAAAAUUGGUGGAGAUGUAGUUCAGUUGCUUUUGGCUCAUGGUUUUCAGGCCCAAUUGUCAAUAUUGUCAGAAACAAAUGCAAAUGACAACAUUGGUGGAGGCAGAGAAGAGGGGGGCAGUGCUCUUGUAGAUUUGUGCCAGGCGUUUAUAUCUGCUUUUGAUAGUUUGAAAAGCACAGAUAGGGAUAUGGAGAUACUGUCAAUUGGAAAAGAGGCAUUGUUUACUGCAGCAACUGCUAUCUCCAUGAAGUCAUAGGAGUGUAAAUAAUAGCAUUGACUUAACCUUUUUAUUGAAGUUAUAUUUUCUUAACUUUUCUAUUCAUUCUUCUUUAUGAUAAAUGAGUUGAAUUUGAUCAACUCAUUCUUUAUUGAGUCUGAGGCUUUGUAGCUUUGAUUAAAUGCAUCAAAUACUUUUCCAUAGGUAAAUUUUGUAUCUUGUUUUACUGAAAUGAUUUUGAAUAGCAAUAUCCCAAACCAUUGUAAGAGUAAGUUGCAUGGUGGAGAUAUUUCCAUUGAAAUUGAAAAUGAUUUAAGAUCUUAUCAUUCCCACAUGAUGUAUGAUAUAUGUUAUUUAUCAAA